AUGGGGAAGCACUCGAAGUCGGAGGGCACCCCUAAACCCACAGGUGCACUCCAGCCCGCGAUCAAUGCCUCUAUGAGGCAAUACCUAACCACCCAACCGGACCCGGACUCCCAGGCUCCUUCUGAGGCCUACCUCUAUUCUGAUGCCUCAACGCCGAGCCAGGGCUCACCGGGCAGAGAGGAACACAUGGAGCCCUCUGAGCCACCACCAGAAGAUUGGAUGACCCUGCUGAGGGCCCUACCAACAAAGGCAGACCUCAAUCAGGUGACCUCAGCUUUGCACGCUUCCAUCAGGGCAGAUCUGCAAAUGAUGAGAGCAGACCUGCAGGGCAUGGCGGACCGCAUGGCCCGCGUGGAAGCAGACCACAACACUCUUACAGCAGCCCAGACUGCAGCUGCAUCCACACAGAAACGCCAAACAGCACAGCUACAAGCCAUGGCACGCCAUACUGAAGAUCUUGACAACACGGGCCGCAGGCAGAACCUGAGAAUCGGGCCUACCCGAAGGUAA